AUGGUCCACUUUUGUGAAAAGUUUUUUGUUCAAAAUUAUACUAGAAAAUUUCCAAGUGUCAAAGUGUCGGAAGUUUUUAUUGGCAGCCAGUCUAGGGGACAUGUUUCGCUGAUGGGAGCAUCAAUGGGUGAGUAUGUUGUGGAUAUUGGAUUCGACCUAACAAUGGAUUUUUGUGAAUUAGUGGAAGAGCGUCUAUUGAUAGGUCCAUUAUUUCAAGCAAUAGGAUUUGACCCAAAUCGUUGUCCACCUGAUGUUAUGAGCUAUCAAUUAUUAUUCGUACUUAUAAGUGUUGAUUAUAUGGGUAUCUAUGGAAUUGAUAAUUAUGAACCACUAAUCGAAGCAAUGCCGGAUAAUUUUCCGCGGAAUAUGUAUAGAAUUGUUAUAGAUAUUCAUUCUCAAGAAGAACAAAUUAUGAUUUUCCAUAUAUUUUCCAAGUCCUCUUUUCCCCCAUCACUAAAACAAAAGACGAUCGCUUUUCUAUCAUCUUUUUCUCUUCUAGCUCAUAAACAAGCCGGAAAAAUUUCUAACUUCCCUACGCUUUUGAACGCGUUUCCAACCACAGCUUCCCAUGCAUCCACCUUAGCACUCCUACACAUCCUCCCAUACCGUCCCACACAUCCACCUACGCACUCCCACGCAUCUACCCAUACCGUCCAAUGCAUCCAUCAUGUUGCAAUAUGA